UGUCCGCCCUCCCAGCGACUGAGCCGUGAGAGCCGCCAGGCGCCGCUCCCGUCACGUUUCUCCGCUGCAUGUUCACCGCCGUCAAAUAAUGUUAUCCAUGAUCUCCACGGCUCUAACUCGUCCAUCCUCUCCUGUAUCUUCGGCUCUGGAUUGAUUCUCCCGUCGAACAGUUCGCCAUGGCAACGGUGGUGAUGGAACAGAUCGGUCGCCUGUUUAUCAACGUGCAGCAGCUGCGGCAGAUCCCUCAGCUGCUCGAGUCGGCCUUCCCAACCCUGCCUUGCACCGUAAAGCUGUCCGACGUUCCGUGGGUGUUCCGCGAGCGCCACAUCCACACGGGCUACAGACAGCCGGACCUGAGCUGGCGGUACUACUUUCUCACCCUCUUCCAAAGGCACAACGAGACCCUCAACGUGUGGACCCAUCUGCUGGCUGCCCUCAUCAUCUUGGUGAAGUGGCAGGAGAUCUCGGAGACGGUGGACUUCUUGCGAGAUCCUCACGCUCAGCCCCUCUUCAUCGUGCUCCUGGCAGCUUUCACCUACCUCUCAUUCAGUGCUCUCGCUCAUCUCCUCUCUGCCAAGUCGGAGCUCUCCUACUACACCUUCUACUUCCUCGACUACGUGGGGGUUGCCGUUUACCAGUACGGGAGCGCUCUGGCACACUACUACUACGCUAUAGAGAAAGAGUUGCACACUACUGUGCAAGGGAUCUUUUUGCCCGCUGCGGCAUUCCUGGCUUGGCUCACGUGCUUCGGCUGCUGCUAUGGCAAAUAUGCCAGUCCCGAGCUGCCCAAGCUGGUCCUCAAGCUCUUUCAAGUGGUGCCCUCAGCCUUGGCUUACUGCUUAGACAUCAGCCCCGUAGUCCAUCGCAUUUACAGGUGCUACCAGGAGGGCUGCUCCGACCCGAUGGUGACGUACCACUUCUACCACGUGCUCUUUUUCUUAAUCAGCGCCUAUUUCUUCUGCUGCCCUCACCCAGAGAGCUUGUUCCCUGGGAAGUGUGACUUCAUCGGGCAGGGCCACCAGAUCUUUCACGUGUUUGUGGUGGUUUGCACCCUGGUGCAGAUCGAAGCGCUGCGAACAGACUUCACAGUGCGCCGCCCUUUGUACGAGCGUCUUCACGGGGAUCUCGCGCACGACGCCGUGGCGCUCUUCAUCUUCACUGCCUGCUGCAGCGCCCUCACCGCGUUUUACGUGCGCCAGCGCGUGCGGGCCUCUCUCCACGAGAAGGAAGAGUGAGAAUUUAGACUAUUAAAAAAAACACAAAAAACAAACAAGUCAAACAAAGUCUCAUUUAUUUUACUCUAUAGUGACUGUUCUAAAAUAACUUAAAUGUUUUUGUCAAGGAAAGUUAUCAGCUCGUGAUAGUGACUUCUGAUUAUUUCUUCUCUGUGUUCUGCCAAACAACAGUGAACUAAAUAUUGACUAAGGCGGUGUUGUUGUGACUUAAAGGGGGGGAAAGGGGGCUCUUGCAGCUCAUCUGUAGCAAUGCGGACCCUGCAACAAACCCUUACAUCCUAACUUCUCUUUAUUUAUUUAUUUUUUCUAGACGGUCUGAAGGAAUGUUUUACUUUACGAAAGAAAAAAGUCUUUGUGCACAGAUUAGCAAAAAAAAUUGAGAGGCUAGUUUCUUCAGUUGCCUUCUUAAUUGUAUUUAGAAAAAAUCUGACUGUCUUAAUCAAAUUGUAGCAUUUGAAUUUAGUAUUUAUAGUCCCUCAGACUCACUUUUAGCUCCUGUUAAGUUUUACACUGGUGCUUUUCUCAAUGUCCUGAUAUUCUUUUGUGUUUCUUUGGGUUUUGGUUCGGUUUGGAUAUCAAAGCAGGGAUUAUUUUUCCAUUUCCCAAGGCGCUAACACUAGGCCACGCUAAUGUUUCAACACAGUCGACAAAGAUAGAAACCCAAUUUGAAAACCAAAUAUUUUACCUCCUUAUGAAAAGCAGACCCUUUUCUUUGGAUUCGAUGACACUCUGUUGAAAAGGAGGCUGGCACUCUGCACUGGUUAAAAGAUGAGCGGAAGAUUACUGAUGUCUCCUUGUCGUUGUGACGAUGUUAAUCUUUCUCUUUUUUCUUUAAUUCAAAGGGCUGGAACUUCAGCUUUUGCCUUUUCACAUCCCGUGAUGUCAGUGCUUUGCGUGAAUCAUUUUCAUUGUCGGUCGAUCAGAUUCGAGUCGUGGAAAAAGGAAAAAGCUGCGUCUGACCUGCUUUUAGUAUGUUUUUUUUUUUUUUUUGUAUGAUGAAUAUGUAUGUGCCUCUACGCAUGUCUUUUGGUAUAUACCGUGGAUAAUAAGUGUGUGAAUGUCUAUGAAAGCUUAGCCUUGCACUUCUUUCUUACCCUGUAAAUAGCUGUAUUUCUCUUGAAAUUUUCUUUGCAUCCCAUUUUCUCCCCACCUGAUGGCAUUCGGAGGUGAAUGCACAAUAUUUUUCUGUGGAAUACAGCACAUUACUCUUUUGCUGCUUCCUUUCAGAGCGCGUUUUGUGUCCCUCCUGCCCAUCAGACUGUAAUGGGUAUGAAUAUUGUAAUUUCAUACUGCCUCACUCUGAAGAGUCCUCUGGUUUAUCUCUUUGGUUAAUGGCAGUUCUUAUAAAAAACAUCUCACAAAUAUGACUUCUGUGAUAACGCCGCUUGGAUUUUUAUCUCGCAAAAUCUCAAAUGCCAGAAAAUGAUCUAUAUUAAUGACUGCACUCCUUGUUCAUGACAGUGCUUUAAUGUGCCAAUGAAUCUGUUAUUGCUUCAGGGAUGGCUUUACUGAACGAUGAAUGAACAGACAGAAUGCAAGACAUCGAUUUGAGUGGAGAUUUAACCUUAAUUCUCUUGAUUAUAAACCUUCUAAUUGGUCUCAUCAUGCACUGUCUAAAUCCACACUGUAUAUAUUUAUAUAUAUAUAUAUAUAUAUUGUAGCUGACAGCACUGGCUGUGUUUACAUGCAUGGAGGCUGAUAAUGCGGUUAUUCUGGUUUCCUCCUCAAAUGUCAUAAAUCAGAAUAACGUGGUUAAGUCUGUACUCCUGCUGAGAGAAAUUAUGUUGUGAAGCUCUUGUGUAUAAAACAGAUUUUCUGCACACAGUCUUCACAGUCUUCACUGAAAUGAUCCAUUAUGGGCUAAUCAUUUCUAAUUGGCAAUGUCUCCUAAACCUCUGCCCAGCCCUAUCUGUAACAUAAGGGUGUUGUUGUGACCAUCAAAGGGACCAAAACAACUACUUUAUAGAUUAUAAUGUCUUUUUCUUUGUGUUAGAGAGAACUUAACUUUCUUGAAACUGGAGGGGAACAGUUACAAAGUAACAAGUAUUUCUUUGCUUAACUGAUUAUUUGUGGCAACAAAGACACUCUGUCACAGGUUGUCUGCGAUACGUGCCGAUUAAACCGGAGAUCUUAACUGGAAUAAGGCCAGCACUCCAUGCAAGCGUGUGUGUGUGUGUGUGUGUGGGUGUGUAUGUUCAAACGUAGCCUCUGAUACUACUGAGGGUUUCCCUUUAUCCCGUUCAGAAAAGUAGGUUGAAAGGGACGAGAAUGUCUUCUGCCUCUAAAAAUACGUGUAACUGACUGUACUAAUAUUCUGUUGUAUUUAAGAAAAUAAAGUGUUACGGUACAUUCAGAAA